AUGACGAACAUGACAGCUUUGUGGAGAAGAGUUGUGAUUCUCCUAGUUGUCGUAAUAGCCAUACUACAGGUGAUUCACAUGACUCUCCUCAGCCGUCUGGAAGCUAGAAAGAAUAGCAAUCUUCGGAACGGAGAAAAAUCAGACUGGCAGAAUCAUCAAGAUUAUCAAGAGGCUCAACUAAAAAAAGACAUGACAAGAAUGUUGGAGACUAUCAAACAGAGCAGUGUCCUUGAUUCGAGUGGUGAAUACAGGAUCAUCAAUUUUGUGAUGAGAGCUGAAAGUUUCGGAAUGAAGAACAAUGUUAGACAAGAUCUGAGCCUCGUCACUCAGUCAACUAUUAAACACUUAGUGCACUUGGAAGAUAUUUUAGAUCGGUGGCAUGGACCAGUUUCUGUGGCAAUCUUUAGUCUCACACAAGAUAUACCAUUAGCCAUUGAUGCUAUUCUCAACCUAAGGCGUUGUGUGCCAGCAGCCAGGUCAAACGCAAGUUUUCAUCUAGUCUAUCCACUAAACAGCCCAUACAACAAGGCACCCUCACCCCAGCCUUUAGUACUAGAUCCAUGCGAAACUGUUAAAGACAGGAUUUCAUCUUUUGCAAUAUCAGACAAUUAUGAGCAUGGGGUACCUUAUCCCAACAAUUUAUUGAGGAAUGUUGGCCGUCGGAACUCGCUGACUGACUUCGUUUUCGUCAUUGACAUAGACAUGGUUCCCAGUGACAAUCUGUAUUCCGAUUUCAUGGACUUUGCCGUCACGAACAAAUUGUUCAUAGAUUCGCACAAGGAUGAUAAAACGGUGUACGUUGUGCCCGCAUUUGAAGUGAAAGAUGGUGUAGAAGUUCCGCGUGAUAAAACUGGGCUUUUGCAGUUGUUGGAACUGAUGGAGGCGAGACCGUUUUACUUCGAGAUGUGUUGGAAGUGUCAAAAGCAUACCGAUUAUGAGACAUGGCAAAAAGAGCCUCCAAGCCCUAAGCUGAAUGUACUUUUUGAAGUCUUGUGGAGAGAUCCGUGGGAGCCCUUUUAUAUUGGAAGAAAUGUAGUGCCCUUCUAUGAUGAACGGUUUCGGCAAUAUGGCUUCAAUAGGAUAAGUCAAGUUUGUGAGCUGCAUGUCUCUGGAUACAAAUUUUCCGUUCUCAACAACGCAUUCAUUGUUCACAAAGGACUGAAGACGCCAUCAUCGUUCCACAAAGAUAAGGACACGGAUCAGGAGAAAAAUCGACAGCUGUUCAGACAGUUCAAAUUCGAGCUGAAAGAGAAAUAUCCAGAUUCGUCGAGGAAGUGUUACUGA